UGCGGCUCGGCCACCGGCUGGAGGGCGGUAGCCUCUGAAGCCAGAGCCUUCAAACCUGGGUCUCCCGGCGCUGAGCGGCGCCAAAAGCGGAGCCGAGCCGGGGAACCAGGCGCCCAGGGCUGUUUGCUCGUUUGCGGAAAGCGUUUCUCUGGACUCCGUUUAGGACGUAGUGGGGGUGGUGUGGCCGGCGUUGGGAGGUAUUGGAAAGAGAGCUUUCACCUGUGUUCCGAGGCAGCAACCGGGCGCGGAGGGAGCGGCGGCAGGCUCUCGCUCUAGGCACCAUGGGCUGUACGCUGAGCGCCGAGGACAAGGCGGCGGUGGAGCGGAGUAAGAUGAUCGACCGGAACCUCCGCGAGGAUGGCGAGAAGGCGGCGCGCGAGGUCAAGCUGCUGCUGCUCGGUGCUGGUGAAUCAGGAAAAAGUACAAUAGUGAAGCAGAUGAAAAUUAUCCAUGAAGCUGGCUACUCAGAGGAGGAAUGUAAGCAGUACAGAGCAGUGGUCUACAGUAACACCAUCCAGUCGAUCAUUGCCAUCAUUAGGGCCAUGGGGCGGUUGAAGAUAGACUUUGGUGACUCGGCUCGGGCGGAUGACGCCCGCCAACUCUUUGUGCUUGCUGGGGCUGCUGAAGAAGGCUUUAUGACUGUAGAACUUGCUGGAGUUAUAAAGAGAUUGUGGAAAGAUAGCGGUGUACAAGCCUGUUUCAACAGAUCCCGAGAGUACCAGCUUAAUGAUUCUGCAGCAUACUAUUUGAAUGAUUUGGACAGAAUAGCACAACCAAAUUAUAUCCCAACUCAGCAAGAUGUUCUCAGAACCAGAGUGAAAACUACAGGGAUUGUUGAAACCCAUUUUACUUUCAAAGAUCUUCAUUUUAAAAUGUUUGAUGUGGGAGGUCAGAGGUCUGAGCGGAAGAAGUGGAUCCACUGCUUCGAGGGAGUGACAGCCAUUAUCUUCUGUGUGGCCCUGAGUGACUAUGACCUGGUUCUAGCUGAAGAUGAAGAAAUGAAUCGAAUGCAUGAAAGCAUGAAAUUAUUCGACAGCAUAUGUAACAACAAGUGGUUUACAGAUACAUCCAUUAUACUGUUUCUAAACAAGAAGGAUCUCUUUGAAGAAAAAAUCAAAAAGAGCCCCCUCACUAUAUGCUAUCCAGAAUACGCAGGAUCAAAUACAUAUGAAGAAGCAGCUGCAUAUAUUCAAUGUCAGUUUGAAGACCUCAAUAAAAGAAAGGACACAAAGGAAAUAUACACCCACUUCACAUGUGCCACAGAUACUAAGAACGUGCAGUUUGUUUUUGAUGCUGUAACAGAUGUCAUCAUAAAAAAUAAUCUAAAAGAUUGUGGUCUCUUCUAAGUUUUGCAGUUAAUAGUAAAAUGCAUUUUCAAACCAAAUGAGUACUUAUGUAUGGAUCUCUCUAGACUAGAGUCUUGCAGCAACACAGAAUGUAGUUAUACAGCAGAUGCAUCUGGGAUCUGACCAAAGUGGUUCUGUUUGUUUCUUUAGCUGAAAGUAACAGAAGGACCUUUCUUAAUUGUGAAAUAUGGUCCUGAAUGUGAAAAUGAAGGACAGUGUUAACGCUGGGCUCUAGUAUAUUGAUUUCUGUGUAAGUGUAAAUAUGCAAAUGUAUGUAUAAUGUAUUUAUAACUUUUAUUUCCCACAUUACUUUUAGGUUUAAGAGUGGCAACUUAUAAUUCUAGUGUGAUGGCUUUGGAAAUAACAUAAAUAUUAAGUACCUUGUACUGAAUGACAGACUUUUACUGUAUUUGCCAGUUUUAAAAAGCUUUAUUUAUGUUCAUGUCCUAUAAAUUUUUAGGUACAAUAAUUGAUAUUAGAAAAUGUCACAGCCCCUUAUCUUGAUUAUAUGUAUACUUGGAUUCAUAAAAAUGUUAUUUGUACAAACAUUGCACAGACUAUUUUAAUAACAUGUUUUGUUCUUUAAAUUUAAUGUGUUUUAUUGAAACGUUCUUAAAAAGGAUGAGUAUACCUGCCUUUGGAUCAAUUAUUUCAAUAUGUAUGCAUUUUAAUCAUUCUUUUAUUUAAUGAGUGCAUGCUGCUCUGAUUCUACCUUAGAUUUAGUUUGAAAAAUUAAAACUUCAGAUUUUUGAGGAUAUACUAUCUUAGACUUAUAAACACAUAAUUUUUAUUCAUUUGGUUUGUUUUCACUUUGAAUUUUAAUAUCUGGAUAGCAUUCAUGCAUUACCUUAAAGGUGAUGCCAGAUUAAUUUUAUACACUUUAAAUAACUACAUUUUUAUUUAUAACUAAGUUUAGGUGGAUGUUGAGAGCAUUUUGUGGGUAAAAAAAUAAUUUAGCAUAAUGAAUUUUGAGACAUUCAUUUGUGUAUUUCCUUUGGGAAAUCCCUUGUACUUAGCAUACAUAAUAGUUUCUUGUUUGCAGGAUAACACAAAAGAUCUUUGAAUACUCUAUUGCUGAUAUUUUAUGUAAGCUUUAAAUUCACACAUGUAACUUGUUUCCAAUUUAAUUAUAACACUAUGUUAAAAUGACUUUUUUUCUUAGAUAUUCAAAUUCUCUUGUUGAAAUUUAUAUUUUUUUUCUUUUUAAAUUAUACUGUUAUUUCUGACAAUUAAAUGGACAGUAACAUCUAGAAAAUGAGUAAUAGUAUUUAACAGAAUCAGUGAUUGUGUGUAUGGUCAAAUAAGUGUUACAUAUCAGCUAGAUAUUGAACAUUGGUAGAAUCAUUUUUCUUUCGAUUAUUUACAAGGUGUCUCUGUGACCUUGUUUUAACCAAAUGAACAGCACUCCCUGCUCCCAUUCCCCCCCCACCCCACCCCCGCCACUUUUUUUUUUACUCAUCCUGAAAAACUAAGUCUUUCAGUAAGCGUUGCUGGUAAGUGGUUCUUGAGUUUAGUUAUGUGUUGUCAUUUUGUUCAAGUAUGUUUGUUGAAGUAUGUGUAUAGAUGUGUGUAUGGGUAACCAUGAACUACAUUCAUAUCUGUUUCAUUAGGGGAUUUUUUUUUCCUUCUUUGUAAAGAAAUUCAAAGUUAGCGAAAUUCCUUAAAUGUGUUAGUUUAGAUUCUUUAUGUGCCUUUCAUGAAAGAUAUGUUUUCAUUAAUUUUACUGAUGGAAGACCUGUAAGAUCCACAUUGUGAAGCUAUCUUUGAAAUUUAAAUUAUGAAUAAAUUUGAAUGAUGAGGAAUAUGGUUUUAAAAGCCACAAAGAAGCACAUACUGGUGACCAUCAUUGGUGAAUUCUUGAACUUUAUUCUCUGUGACUGUGUUACUAAUAAAUCCUAAUAAAUCUAAAUUUUUAAAAUUUUA